AUGAGAAACCUCAAAACAGAAUUGGGAAAGCCAUCUGAUGUGAAUAGUGAUCAUAAAAAUUUUACUAAGCUUCGUUUGCUACUGUCAAAAAUAGGUGAUCAUCAAAGUGUCACUGAAAUUACCUUCAAAAAUUCUUCAACCUUUUCUACAUUAGAUUAUAAAGCAUUAGCUUUAUCGAUUUUGGGAGUUUUAAUAGGAUAUGCUCUCAUGUUGAUGUGA